AUGAGUGGGAAUAGGAUAGGAGAAGAAGUAGAUAAAACUGUGGUUCCAAGCUCGCGGGAUUGUUCGGUGCUUGGGAAAACAUGUCAGAUUCCACUGGUAACAAUUAGCCGCCCAGCGGAAGAAUGGCGGUUACCGCCAAAAGAGUUUGUAUCCACUAUAACGACUAAAAUUUCGAGAGAAUGCAGUAAUUACACACUGCUUUCGUGGCUGUUGAACGAUCCCAUGGAGGUAAGUUUGACAACAACGUUUGAUACCUGUCCAGAUCCGUUUCGAUUAUUUAAAAAGGGAAAUAAAGCAGCAUACAAGAGUUUUUUCAGUUUCCAAAGUGAGGAAGUUGUGGAUUCUAAUACUACGUUGUCAUCAGAACUUGUGAAGGUUUCUGUAUUCCCCAGGAUUUUACAGUAUACGAGACUGGAUGAGUUCAAGAUGGACCACCUGUGUGAUCAAUACAUCAAACAAUUUGUCAAGGUUCUGUACAAGUAUAACCAGGGGAAAGAGAUCAAGGAUAACAGAUCUGGAUAUUUGCAGGCGAAUCUGACCAAGCUGGUGCAGAGUUACGCUCGAGAUGUCUUUCAUGAUAUUGUUCACAAAUGGUUUAGAUGGACAGAGCUUAUGAAAACGGGGAGUACGACCACCCAACGUAGCGAAUAUUACAAGAAGCAAAUUGCACAAGUGAUCGAAAAAUUGAUGACAAAAUAUUGGGAACAGCAUAUGGUCAUUGGGCAUAAUUUAUUCGAAGAGUUUGUGGAGAAGAUGGAUACAACUACAGAUCGCGUGUCGACGUCGAUCACCGACACAGAACAGUUUAGGAUUGUAUAUGGUAUUUGGAUUGACACUCAAAAUGGAAUUUUACUGUUGUGUAACGGGUUGAUAUCGACUUGGGAGACUUGUUUAUCUCCCACCAUGGGAGUCACCUUGGACACCAACUAUCUUGAAACUAUUCGGAAGUUGAUUUUUUUCUUAAACUGUUCGAUAUUGGAGUGCUACAACUGGCAUUUGAGAGCGGAUGGUUCGCACAGCCUUGUGUAA